UGCCGCACGGCGCCAUGAGAGGCUUCGGGACCGCGCUGACGGCGCGGCGUCUCUUCCCCCUGCGGCUUCCUCCGCGGCCGCCCGGACCCCGGCUGUCGAGCGGGCCGGCGGCGGCGGAGGCGGGCGCCCUGGAGCGGGCCAUGGACGAGCUGCUGCGCCGCGCAGUGCCCGCCACGCCGGCCUACGAGCUGCGCGAGAAGACGCCGGCGCCGGCCGAGGGCCAGUGCGCGGACUUCGUGAGCUUCUACGGCGGCCUGGCCGAGGCGGCCGAGCGCGCCGAGCUGCUGAGCCGCCUGGCGCGGGGCUUCGGCGUGGACCACGGCCAGGUGGCCGAGCAGAGCGCCGGCGUGCUCCAGCUGCGCCAGCAGCCGCGGGAGGCGGCCGUGCUGCUGCAGGCCGAGGACCGGCUGCGCUACGCGCUGGUGCCGCGCUACCGCGGCCUCUUCCACCACAUCAGCAAGCUGGACGGCGGCGUGCGCUUCCUGGUGCGGCUGCGGGCCGACCUGCUCGAGGCGCAGGCGCUCAAGCUGGUGGAGGGGCCGCACGUCCGGGAGAUGAACGGAGUGCUGAAGGGCAUGCUCUCAGAGUGGUUCUCUUCGGGCUUCCUGAGCCUGGAACGGGUCACCUGGCACUCGCCGUGUGAGGUCCUGCAGAAAAUCAGCGAGUCUGAGGCCGUGCAUCCUGUAAAAAACUGGAUGGAUAUGAAACGACGCGUCGGGCCUUACAGGAGGUGCUAUUUCUUUUCUCACUGUGCAAGCCCCGAGGAGCCCUUGGUCGUGCUGCACGUGGCGCUGACCAGCGAGAUCUCCAGCAACAUCCAGGCCAUAGUGAAGGAGUGUCCCCCGUCGGAGACGGAGGAGGGGAGCCAGAUCUCUGCGGCCAUCUUCUACUCCAUCAGCCUGACGCAGCCCGGACUGCAGGGGGUAGAGCUGGGCACCUUCCUCGUCAAGCGAGUGCUCAAGGAGCUGCAGAGAGAGUUUCCUCAUCUCGGGACGUUCUCAAGUCUGUCUCCUAUCCCCGGCUUCACCAAGUGGCUUCUGGGGCUCCUGAACUCACAAGCAAAGGAACACGGGAGGAGUGAACUGCUCACAGAUUCCGAAUGUAAAGAGAUCUCGGAGAUCCUAGGCGGUCCCGUUAACGAGACCCUCAAGGUCUCGCUCAGCAGCAGCGAGUGGGUGAAGUCUGAGAAGCUGGUCAGGGUGCUGCAGGCCCCCUUGAUGAGGCUCUGCGCCUGGUACCUGUACGGAGAGAAGCACCGGGGCUACGCCCUGAACCCCGUGGCAAACUUCCACCUGCAGAACGGGGCGGUGCUGUGGCGCCUCAACUGGCUGGCCGACACGAGCCUCAAGGGCGUCACCGGCUCCUGCGGCCUGAUGGUCAACUACCGCUACUACCCGGAGGAGACGGCCGCCAACAGCACCAGCUACCUCUGCGCCAAGAACAUCAAGGCUUCCGAGCAGGUGCUCAGCCUCGUGGCCCAGUUUCACAAGAACAGCAAACUUUAAACCUGCCCUCAAGCAAUGUCUCUGACUCAGAAAAGGAUCAUUGUCUGGAUGGGUCGGGGGGGGGGGGGGG